CAGUUUUGCUCUUGUGGCCCAGGCUGGAGUGCAAUAGCGUGAUCUCCACUCACCGCAACCUCCACCUCCUGGGUUCAAGCGAUUCUCCUGCUUCAGCCUCCCCAGUAGCUGGGAUUACAGGCACGCACCACCACACCCAGCUAAUUUUGUAUUUUUAGUAGAGACGGGGUUUCUCCAUGUUGGUCAGGCUGGUCUCGAACUCUCGACCUCAGAUGAUUCGCCUACCUCAGCCUCCCAAAGUGCCGAGAUUACAGGCAUGAGCCAUGGUGCCUAUUAAGAUAUAAAAAUUUUUAAAAAGAGACUUCUCAAAUGUGAGAUUGUCCAUAUUAAUAGCAAUGCAAUAUAUAAUAUGUCCAUAUAACAAGCAUAUUUGUUCAAGUCUUUGGCUUUUCUUAAAAGGUAGUUUGUGCAGUCAUUAAGAUCACAGUUGGCCAGGCACGGUAGUUCAUGCCUGUAAUCCCAGCACUUUGGGAGGCUGAAGCGGGCAGAUCACUUGAGGCCAGAAGUUGGAGACCAGCCUGGUCAAUAUGGUGAAACCCCAUCUGUACUAAAAUACAAAAAUGAGCCAGUGUGGUGGUGGUUUCCUGUAAUCCCAGCUACUCAGGAGGCUGAGGCAGGGGAAUCUCUUGAACCCAGGAGAUGAGGUGGCAGUGAGCCGAGAUUGUGCCCCUGCACUCCAGCCUGGGCUACAGAGCAAGACUCUGAAUCAAAACCAACCAGCCAACCACAGUUAUGGGGUCAAACUCAGAUUGAAGCUGGAAUCUACCAUUUACCAGUGAUAUGAUGCGAACAGUGGCUUUCCCGCUCUGUGCCUCAGUUUCUCCGUGUGUAAAAUGAAGAUGAUGCUACCUAUCUCAUAAGCUUCCUGUGAAGAGAAAUGAGGUUACAUAUGCAAAGCACAUAGAAUCCUGCUGAGUAGAGUGAGAAAUGUGUUUGUUAUUAUUACCUUGCUGAUUGGCAUGAGAAGCAUAGAUAUCUGAAGAUAGGUAUCAUCAUCUCCCUCCCUCCAAACCCUUCCAAGUCUCCUUGUUCAAGGCUAAGUGCCCCUAUUCCUCCAAAGACCCUCAAGUUCUUUCUCAAGCUCUCCUGGGGCCUCCACGUGAACUGUGGCCUCACUGGCACAGAAUGUGGUGAGGUGGCCACACACAUGCCCAAGGCAGCCACUUCCUCCAGGAUAAUCCCCUGGAAUGGCACACUUGCUGGGGCUUCCUCUGGCAGGUGCAUGGAUGAAGGGAGAUGGGCCUCUAGUGCCUCCUGGUUUAGAGGAUACUCCACUGGAGCUGGUACUCUUCCAGCCCCUGUCCACGCCCCUGCAUGGCCAUGUGCACUUCCUGUCUUUAUUCCUCCUUUGUCAAAUCUACCCAGCAUUUCUCAUUCCCAUGAGACCUCUGCACUUUCUAAAGUAGCACAAGCUGAUCUGAUAAACUAAUUAUGAUUAUGUGUUAGCUCUUGCUGUGGUCAUGGAGAAAGGGCUCUUCUGGAAUUUGAAGACAUGGGUUCAAAUCCUGGCCCAAAUAGUAGCCAUAUGAUUUGCAGCAAGGUACUUAAUCUUUCUGAACUUUCCUUUCCUAGCCUGAGAACUGGGGUUAGUAUCACUAUCACCUACCUAGCUAAUACCUAGGUGAGUAAAAUACAUGGAAACGCUGUGUAAACUGAGAGUAAUCACACAAAUGUCAGUUACUGAACAUCAUAUUUCAGAAGGCAAGGCUUUAACUCAAAGGCCAGACAGUGCUGAGGUGGAUUGGUGGGAAAUGUGUUUAGGGUAGCUGGUAUUCAGAGAUACUGUCAAAUCCUCCCAGGCCACCCACUUAGUCUCUGUAGAGAAUUGGUCCUCACUGUGUGAAUUCAGGAAGUAGAGCUGGAGGUGAUGUAAUACGCAUGCAUCCAUGCUGAGGCGUCAGGGUAGCUGGUCCACCCUGAAUUCAGCUAUGUCUUCCUCGGGUUGGUUGGAACUCCACUCCUGUAGUGAGACGGCCUAGGUGGAGGUGAGGUCCUUCCUGAGCUCUGAGGUCACCAUCACUGUGUCUACCCAAUCUGGUCCAUCAUGACCAGGUGCCCGUUUGCUUUUAAUUAGCCAAGUGCUUGCAAUUAGCCUGUUAAGUUCUGCCUAGCCUCAGGUAGUGCGCUCAUUGUUCUGGUGUUGCUUGGUUCCUGGGACCACAGGAGCAGCAAUGGACUAUCCAGGGACUGGAUCCAGGCUAUCCAGCAAGCCUGCUGAGCUCACUUGAAACCAGGCUUGUCUCACUGGGGAUCAGAGCAGGGAAGAAAAACCUGCUUUGGUGGGGGGGGGGGGGUAAGAAUGGGAGUGUGGUGAUAGAGGCAUAGUGCUGAGACCUGUUAGAAUCACAAGUAGGGCUAGAACCCAGAUUUCCUCCUCCUAACCCAAUGCUCUUCCCUUCUGAGCCUCAGUAUCCUCAUCUCUAAAAUGGGAAUCAUAAUUCCCACCCUGGCCGGGCACGGCGACUCACGCUUGUAAUCUCAGCACUUUGGGAGGCCGAGGCAGGUGAAUCACAAAGUCAGGUGUUCAAGACCAGCCUGACCAACAUGAUGAAACCCUGUCUCUACUAAAAAUACAAAAAUUAGUUGGGUGUGGUGGCGUGGACCUAUAAUCCCAGCUACUGGGGAGGCUGAGGCAGGAGAAUCGCUUGAACCUGGGAGGCGGAGGUUGCAAUGAGCUAAAAUUACGCCACUGCACUCCAGCCUGGGGUGACAGAGCAAGACUCUGUCUCAGUGUAAUAAUAAUAAUAAUUCCCACCCUGCCCUCCUCACCAAGGGUCAAAUGAAUUAGUGUAGGAUGUAGGUCUGAGUACAAAGCAAUGCGACCUGAAAGUCCACGAUCACAUCAAAUGUGAAAGCGCUUUAAAGUUCUCCAUGUGCUCCCAGUGGCCCUGCCCACUGCUUCUUGGACUCUGACCUUCUCAAUCACUUCUCUACUGUCCAGUAAUUCCUGAUUCCAUUGUUUUCUAAUCCUGCCCACUCUCCCCUUCAAUGAGUGAUUAGAGGGCAGUGCUUAGCACAUAGUAGGUGCUCACAAAUGCUGGUUGGAUAUAUGAAGCUUUGGAUGGGAAGGUUAGGCCCCAAAGAACAGGCACAGAGAAACACUCACGAGAAAGCCUUGGAUGGGGGCAGUGGUGGGGAAUUUAUUCCCUGUUCUCCUCAGCCUUGCCUCUCACUCCGCUGUACUUCUCUGAGGCUAGAGAUGGUCUGAUUUGCCUUCUGUGUAUCUGUGAUGUUUCACGCAGACCCAGGCACAACAUAGUUGUUUGGUAACUGCUUUUUGACUGGCUGAGUGAAUGAGACAGGGUGCUGUGGUAGAGACAGCACAGAAUUAAGUGGUGGGUAGGACUUGGGAGCCUGGCACUACCAUUUUCUUUGGACACAUGCUUACUGCAUGCUCCUUAUGUACCAGGCAGGUAUUAGGUUACAAAAAUGAACCUUUAUUUUGAUGUAUUUAUUUUCGAGAUGGGGUCUCACUCUGUCCCCACACUGGAAUGCAGUGGCACUAUCAUAGCUCACUGUAGUCUCGACCUCCCAGGCUCAUGCAGUCCUCCCACUUUAGCUGGGAACACAGGCAUGUGCCACCACACCUGGUUAAUUAUUUUACUUUUUGUAGAGACAGAGUGUUACUUUGCUGCCCAGGCUGGUCUUAAACUCCUGGACUCGAGUGAUCCUCCUGCCUCAGCCUCCCAGAGUAUUGGGACUACAGGUGUGAGCCACACACAGGUGUGUGGUCAAAGAUAGAUUUUUAAACUCACAGUCUUGUAAGGGAGCAGAUUAGUGAGCUAACGACCGUGCUGUAUAUGAUAGAGACAUAUGCUACGCAUGUUGGUGGCCAAGAAAGAAAAGGAUGUACUCUCCUAGGAGGUUCCCCAAGGAAGGAACCUUAAGCUGGGUCUCAGCUUGGGAAAAUUACUUAACUUCUCUGGGUCUGUUUCCUUAGCUAUCCUGUCAGGAAACUAAAGUCUUUGCAGAAUUGAGGAUGAAAUGAAAUAAAAUAAUAUGAAGAAAACGUCGGGCACUGGAUAAUCUUCUUUAUUUCUUUGAGACAGAGCCUCGUUCUGUCGCCCAGGCUGGAGUGCAAUGGCAUGAUCUCGGCUCACUGCAAUCUCCACCCGCUGGGUUCAAGAAGUGCUCCCACCUCAGCCUCCUGAGUAGCUGGGAUGCCGCCAUGCCCAGCUAAUUUUUGUAUUUUUAGUAGAGACAGGGUUUCGCCAUGCUGGCCAGGCUGGUCUCGAACUCCUGACCUCGUGAUCUGCCCGCCUCGGUCUCCCAAAGUGCUGAGAUUACAGGCAUGAGCCACUACACCUGGCCAAUUUUUGUACUUUUAGUAGAGAUGGGAUUUCACCAUGUUGGCCAGGCUGGUCUCGAACUCCUGGUCUCAAGUGAUCUGCUCACCUUGGCCUCUAGGAGUCCUGGGAUUACAAGCAUGAGCCACCACACCCGGCCUGAAGACUUUUUUUUUGAGGUGGAGUCUCGCUUUGUCACCCAGGAUGGAGUGCAGUGGCAUGAUUUUGGCUCACUGCAACCUCUGCCUCCCCGGUUCAAGCGAUUCUCCUGACUCAGCCUCCUGAGUAGCUGGGAUUACAGAUGUGUACCACCAUGUCCAGCUAAUUUUUGUAUCUUUAGUAGAGACGGGGUUUCACCAUGUUGGGUAUGAUGAAACUUAAUAACUUAAUGUCUCCUUCAAAGUGUCUCCUUAAAGCCAGGCCAGGGAUUGUUUGCUGGGGAGAGCCUGGGGAGGGCAGGAGCUGAAGGAAUUCCAGGAAGCUGGUCCCUACACAGCCUCACCCUCUCUCUGCUGCUUCUCAAUGAGAAACUUCAUAUAAGUCACAUACAACAUGCUAGGCACAUAGUAAGGACUAGAAAAUAUUAGAUCUGCCUUAUGAUUUUUACCAAAAUGUUUCACAGAGGGACCACAUUUACAUGUAGACACAUGUGGGUUGCAUGCGUGUGGACUCCCGAUAUGCUCAAAAAGGGAGGAGGAUGAGAGGGCCUGGGGUUAGGCUGAGUGACAGCUGGUGGCUGCUUAGUCUGAGAAGGCUUCCUGGAGGUGAGGUGACUGGAACUCUGUAGAGAAGGUGGGAGGGGUUGGGUUCGGCUAGGGUGAUGGAACCCGGGAAUAUGGCUUGUGGUUCAUGCCCCAGUUGGGAGAGCCUGCUUCAUGGGAAUCAUAUCAAAGGGAAAGGUGGCCCCUGACAGCAGGAACUCAGAUAUCUCAGGCACGUAGGCCACCUCCCCCCACACCCCAACCCCCUGCCUGGGCCAGUCCUGCCAGCAGCAUCCCAGCUGCUCGGUAGCCCGGCUGGUCCCCUGACCUUCCUAAGCAAGGCAGCCUGGCGGCCAUGCUGGGUUGCCGUGGUAACUGGCGGCCUCCCAGCUGGGUUGCCCGGGUAACCGGUUAGCUGGCGUUGGGAGAGGAGGGUGGUGAGCUGGGGGAAGUCAGCCUCAAAAGAGGCAGAGAAGGACAAGGGCUGGACAAGGAGGAAGACAGAUUCCAGAUGCCCCCAGCACAGCCCUCUCCUCUCUCCCUCACGGGACUGGGAAAGACAGAAAAAGGCAGACUCCCACUGGCUGAGGACUGCACCACUCCAGAGCUGUAGCGGCUCCCAGGAAUGUUGCUGACCAGCACACAAAGACCCCUCUGACAUGGCUGUGGGGGUCAGGAUACCUACUUGCCCAGCUUGGCUCAUUUGAGGCAGGACUGGCUUCUCCCCUGGGGCCCAGGAUGUGGCUUUGAGCAUCGCCUGCCUGCUGCUGGGAUAGGAGCAUGCCCAGGAUGUGCGGUCUCAUCUUCUCCCUGCCGCUCCGCAGUUGUGCUGGUUGGGAGUGUCUCUGCAGUGGGCUUGUUAAUUGGCGAUUCAGCUGGCUGAUUGACUCUAAUGCGGGUGAACAUUUAUUUACCCCAGCAGCCGCCUCUCAGACAGCCGUUAAUUGCAGGCACGAGAGAGACAAUAAUUACGGGAUAAUGGGUGCCUUUUGUGUGAGUCCUUCUCUUUGCACUGUGUCAGCAAACACGGAGGCCACAAUGAAAGACGGAACACAUUUCUACACCCAGUGACUGGCCAGGUCCCAGAGGAAAACAAAAAAUUUGACUUGAAAAUAUCGGCCUUGGACAUGUCCAAUAAAACAGGUGGGAAACGUCCGGCUACCACCAACAGUGACACACCCAACCACAACAUGGUGUCCGAGGUCCCUCCAGAGCGGCCCAGCGUCCGGGCAACUCGUACAACCCGCAAAGCUGUCGCCUUUGGCAAGCGCUCACACUCCAUGAAGCGGAACCCCAGUGCACCCGUCACCAAGGCGGGCUGGCUCUUCAAACAGGCCAGCUCCGGGGUUAAGCAGUGGAACAAGCGCUGGUUCGUCCUGGUGGAUCGCUGCCUCUUCUACUAUAAAGAUGAGAAGGAAGAGAGCAUCCUGGGCAGCAUCCCCCUCCUGAGCUUCCGGGUAGCCGCAGUGCAGCCCUCUGACAACAUCAGCCGGAAACACACGUUUAAGGUUACUGUGUGCUGGGUGGAUGAGGCCGAGGCCAGCUCCACGCGCUGCCUCUCCCCACAGGCUGAGCAUGCCGGCGUCCGCACCUACUUCUUCAGUGCCGAGAGCCCUGAGGAGCAAGAGGCCUGGAUCCAGGCCAUGGGGGAGGCUGCUCGAGUACAGAUCCCUCCAGCCCAGAAGUCUGUGCCCCAAGCUCUGCGGCACAGCCAUGAGAAGCCAGACUCGGAGAACAUCCCGCCCAGCAAGCACCACCACCAGCCGCCCCACAACAGCCUCCCCAAGCCUGAGCCAGAGGCCAAGACUCGAGGGGAGGGUGAUGGCCGAGGCUGCGAGAAGGCAGAGAGAAGGCCUGAGAGGCCCGAAGUCAAGAAAGAGCCUCUGGUGAAAGCCAACGGCCUCCCAGCUGGACCGGAGCCAGCCUCAGAGCCGGGCAGCCCUUACCCCGAGGGCCCAAGGGUACCAGGGGGUGGGGAACAGCCUGCCCAGCCCAAUGGCUGGCAGUACCACUCCCCGAGCCGGCCAGGGAGCACAGCUUUCCCGCCUCAGGACGGAGAGACUGGGGGACACCGGCGGAGCUUCCCACCACGCACCAACACUGACAAAAUUGCCCAGCGCAAGAGUUCCAUGAACCAGCUUCAGCAGUGGGUGAACCUGCGCCGCGGGGUACCCCCGCCCGAAGACCUUCGGAGUCCCUCCAGGUUUUACCCUGUGUCCCGCAGGGUCCCUGAGUACUAUGGCCCCUACGCCUCCCAAUACCCUGAUGAUUACCAGUACUACCCACCAGGGGUGCGGCCAGACAGCAUCUGCUCCAUGCCGGCCUACGAUCGGAUCAGCCCACCCUGGGCCAUGGAGGACAAGCGCCAUGCCUUCCGCAAUGGGGGCGGCCCUGCUUACCAGCUGCGCGAGUGGAAGGAGCCCGCCGGCUACGGGCGGCAGGAAGGCACUGUCUGGAUCCCCAGCCCCUCCCGGCAGCCAGUCUAUUAUGAUGAGCUGGAUGCCGCCUCUAGCUCCCUGCGACGCCUGUCCCUACAGCCCCGCUCCCACUCUGUGCCCCGCUCACCCAGCCAGGGCUCCUACAGCCGUGCCCGCAUUUACUCCCCUGUCCGCUCACCCAGUGCCCGCUUUGAGCGGCUGCCACCUCGCAGUGAGGACAUCUAUGCUGACCCUGCUGCCUAUGUGAUGAGGCGAUCCAUCAGCUCCCCCAAGUAUGAUUACCUGGGAGACAGGAGGCCAGUCCCUGCAGGACUGUUCCCCUACAACUACCCACCAUCCCCCACGGUCCACGAUAAGAUGGAUGAACUUUUAGAUCUUCAGUUGCAAAGAAACCUAGAGUAUUUGGAUCAGCAGAUGAGUGAGAGCGAGACUCUCAUCAGUAUGGUGAACCGCAUGGUGGAAAACUCCUCCCCCAGGUCCCAACUCUUCAUGCAAGUCCCUCCAUAUCCAGAAGUGUUCCGGGACAGCCUCCACACCUACAAGUUAAACGAGCAAGACACAGAUAAGCUGCUGGGAAAAUUGUGUGAGCAGAACAAGGUGGUGAGGGAGCAGGACCGGCUGGUGCAGCAGCUCCGAGCUGAGAAGGAGAGCCUGGAAAGUGCCUUGAUGGGGACCCACCAGGAGCUGGAGAUGUUUGGGAGCCAGCCCACCUACCCAGAGAAGCUUCUGCACAAAAAGGAGUCGCUGCAGAACCAGCUCAUCAACAUCCGCGUGGAGCUGUCUCAGGCGACCACGGCCCUGACGAACAGCACCAUGGAGUAUGAGCACCUGGAGUCUGAGGUCUCUGCUCUGCAUGAUGACCUCUGGGAGCAGCUCAAUUUGGACACCCAGAAUGAGGUGCUGAACCGGCAAAUCCAAAAGGAGAUCUGGAGGAUCCAGGACGUGAUGGAGGGGCUGAGGAAGAACAACCCCUCCCGGGGCACAGACACUGCCAAGCACAGAGGAGGACUUGGCCCCUCAGCCACCUACAGCUCCAAUAGCCCGGCCAGCCCCCUCAGCUCUGCCAGCCUCACCAGCCCCCUCAGCCCCUUUUCACUGGUGUCGGGCUCUCAGGGGUCCCCCACCAAGCCUGGUUCCAACGAGGAACCUGGCCCGCCUCGGCCUCCCCUCCCCAAAGCCUACGUCCCCCUGGAGUCUCCUCCAGCCGUCCCUCCACUCCCUAGCGAGAGCCGCUUCUGGCCCUACCCCAGCUCCCCUUCCUGGCAUCGCAGUGGCGAGACAGCCAGGGGGCAGCCCAAGGCAAACUAUGAACAAAGCAAGAAAGACCCCCACCAGACAUCACCCCUGGACACCUCCAGAGACAUCAGCCUUGUGCCCACCAGGCAAGAGGUAGAGGCAGAGAAGCAGGCAGCUCUCAACAAAGUUGGCAUUGUGCCCCCUCGGACAAAAUCACCCACAGAUGAUGAGGUGACCCCAUCAGCGGUGGUGAGGAGGAAUGCCCAUGGACUCACCAACGGACUGUCCUCCCAGCAGGAACGCCCCAAGAGUGCUGUGUUCCCUGGUGAGGGGAAGGUCAAGAUGAGCGUGGAGGAGCAGAUUGACCGAAUGCGGCGGCACCAGAGUGGCUCCAUGAAGGAGAAGCGGAGGAGCCUGCAGCUCCCGGCCAGCCCGGCCCCUGAGCCCAGUCCCCGGCCAGCCUACAAAGUGGUGCGCCGCCACCGCAGCAUCCACGAGGUGGACAUCUCCAACCUGGAGGCAGCCCUGCGGGCAGAGGAGCCUGGUGGGCGGACCUACGAGACACCCCGGGAGGAAAUCGCCCGGCUUCGCAAAAUGGAGCUAGAGCCCCAGCACUAUGAUGUGGACAUCAAUAAGGAGCUCUCCACUCCAGACAAAGUCCUCAUCCCCGAACGGUACAUUGACCUGGAGCCUGACACUCCCCUGAGCCCUGAGGAGUUGAAGGAGAAGCAGAAGAAGGUGGAGAGGAUCAAGACGCUCAUUGCCAAAUCCAGUAUGCAGAACGUGGUGCCCAUCGGCGAGGGGGACUCUGUGGACGUGCCCCAGGACUCAGAGAGCCAGCUGCAGGAGCAGGAGAAGCGGAUUGAAAUCUCCUGCGCCCUGGCGACCGAGGCCUCCCGCAGGGGCCGCAUGCUGUCUGUGCAAUGUGCCACCCCAAGCCCUCCCACUUCCCCUGCUUCCCCGACUCCUCCAGCCAACCCCCUGUCGUCUGAAUCCCCACGGGGCGCCGACAGCAGCCAUACCAUGCGGGUCUGAGCUCUGACUGCAAGCCCUGGCUGAGGCCAAUGCUGUGAAGCUCCACAGAGCCACAUUCUGAAGCCGUCCUCUGCCCACCUCGGGUCCUGGCUCCCCACCCUGGCCCCCUGACCCUGCACUCUCAUGGGAAUGCCGCAGGGAGCCAGGCUGGGGCCAUGGGCUACUGUCGAGAGGAGCAUGGAUGCCUGGGUAUCCACACACCCACCACGCCUAGCCCUGGAGCCCUCACUACUCACACAGUGGUCCUGGGCCAGGGCCUAACAUGGCAGUGGAGAGUGCCAUCCUUGCUGAUGCCCAAGUCACAGGGAGCCUCAGCCUGGCCCUGGCUGGGAUUGUCGUGACUCCAGUGGAACAUUCCCUGAUAGGGGACAUGCCGUGGUGGAGAACAUGCCUGUGGCUAUCUUAGGUCAGGACUAGAGGUGAAGAGGAGAUGGACACGGCCUCUUGGAGCCAGCCUGACACCGAGGACAGCACCUGUCAUCACCCCUAUCCUCAUCAGCCCCACCCUGCUGCCCCAGCUGGACCCAGGGCUUUGACACAAACCCAGUGCUUUGCUUAUGGGUGCUUGCUGGCAUCUGUGAAGACUGACCACCCUGCUUGAGCCAAAGACAAGGAGAUGAGAGAUGGGGAGAGGCUACUGGCUCCCAGAGGAAACAGUGCUGGCUGUGGCUAGAGAAGAGCAGGUCUGUGAAGCGUCUGAGGGCAGGUUGGAAAGGGUAGCAGAGAGAGAAAGACAGAAGGAAAGAGAAAGAGAGAGAGAGAUCCUCAGAGUAGGAGGAGGGGGAAGCAGCAGGACACAUUGGCAUGUAAAGUGGGAAGGAGGGAGAUUGGAAAGGGGGUAUUGGAUUGGUUUCCCCAGGUGGAGCCUUAGGCUAGUGCCCGGUGCAGUGCCAGACCGUCACCUCUGCUCCUCCCACCUUGUUCCCAGGAGGACCCACCAGUGGAGCCCAUGGCAGCCUCAGUGGAGAUGCUUGGUGUGGGGAUCAGGGUGAAGGGGGUUGAAUAGUGACUGCCUGGGAGAUGGCUGUGGUAGAUCUGCGCCUGGUGUCUGCCUCCCCAUCCUGGGGUAAGGGGCAAAGAGAAGGACUUGUCUUAUGCAGGGUGUGGUCAUCUUCGGGGACUUACCUACCCAGUUCCACGAUAUUUCUUGCCCUGUUCCCCCUGGAAUGUGCAGUAGGCCAGCUGAGAGUAUGCCUUGAGGAGUGGGGGUGAGGCCGCAAUCUGGGAGGCCAGAUUCCAGGACCCUCCCCCAUCCCAGGCAUCCCACAGGAGGACUGGCUGAGGCUAGGCACUCUCACAAUCCACCUGCCCAGGGAGGCCGGUGGGGGAGAGACAAUAAAGCAAAGUGAAUUCUUCCUUGGCUCCACCCACCUGGAGAUGAAUGUAGCCAGAGAGGAGGAAUUAGCGAAGCUGAAGACACCGUGGCCCCUCAGCCUUCUCUCUGCUAGAGUCGUCACCCAGAGGCUUCAGCCUGACCUCCAGUGGUCCCAAGAACACCUACUAAUUCCUCUCCACUCCUUCAUGGCUGGGACAGUUACUGGUUCAUAUGCAAGUAAAGAUGACAAUUUACUCAACAAAUAUUUAUCGAGCACCUUUUAUGUGCCAGGCACUGUUCUAGGUGCUUAGGAGAUCCUCAUGUUUCUGAGGGAUUAUAGCCUGGGAGGCUUCCAGCUAUCUUCACUUCUAGCAGGUUUUGUAAACGUGACCCUUGGCUCUAUUUCCCAUCUUCACAGUUCAAGCACCCCAAACCUGCCCUUUCUCCCCUGCAGACUAGCAGGUGGGAUUGGCUCCCAGGUCAUCUCCUCUCCCUCUUUCUCCCACGCCUUUCUCCCUCCACAGGAAACAGGUUUUUCAGGGCCUUCCAUGCCUGCCGCUUUGUCCGUCUCUUUUUUUUUUUUAAGUAAUAUUUUUUAGAAAUACAUGUAAAAUAUCAAGAAAUAAUGUCUGCACCUCUGCCACCUCUCUCUCACCUCUUAUUUCAUAAAGCUGGCUCUUUAUGUUGCUUUACAUGCCUUAAUAUAUGUUUUAUGGAGAUUAUACAUAUUAUAGAUCUAUAUAUGUAAUCUAUUUGUUUGGAUGUCUGAUCUUUUCCUGCAGUUCCCACCCAGGCCCGUUUUUCUCUCCCGUAUUUCCCACAUUGUUCCUAGCAUAUCGAGGCCAUAGCCCUUGCCUUUUUGAUCCAAAGAAGAGGAGAGGAAAGACUUAUUUUAAGACAGAUUUAUUUUAUGCUUUUGUUUUAAAAAAGCAAAUCUAUUUUCAAAAUGUGCAAUGUCUGAAUGGAAUGGGCACACGAGGUGAGGAGAUGGGGUAACUGUCUUGAGGUCCCAACGCUGUGCCGUUCCCUCUGCCACAGUGGCUGCCUUCCACCCUCUUCCCCAGUCAGGAAAGGGCUGGUCCCCAGAGCUCACCCAGAGAGCAUCUUGCCAGGGCAGGGCAUUCCCUUGAAGUUCUGGUCUAAGGAUUUGAUUACACUGGCUGCUCCUGAUGACCCUCUGCAGUUGUCAGGCGUGAAUCCUUUGGAAGGAACUCUUUUGCACAGAGACCCAUGAAGGCAUGCACCCCAGUUGAGCUGCUGGACUACCCCUCUUCAUCAGCCUGCUGGGAAGGGCAGACAGUAGAAUGGCAGCCUAUACCAAACACUAAGGAUGUCAGUCUACGAGGUGGUGCGAAGCCCAGAGGAGGCGGCUUGGGAUCCUCUGGGCCAUCCCUGGUCCUUCAGCACAGACAUGUACGAGUUCCUUGGGCCUGUCACACUCCUCUUCACUUGAUCCCUCUCUGUCUGGGUCACAUCUAUGACAUCCCCCCGCUGCACCCUUUCUCUCUGGGGGUAUUCCAAAGGGAUGAUACUUCAGUCUGGCAUCCAGACUGCAAAAUCAGCUUCUGGGCUGAGGAGGGUCCUACAAACAAGGUAAUGGCCUCACCCAAGAAACCCCGAGGACUUUACCCCGGCAGGCUGCCACUGGGGCGCCGGACUAAGCCAGCUCAGCCUUCCAAACUGCUCAGUCUUUGUCAACCGUCAAAGUGGGCAAAAGGUCUCUGGCCUUGCAAGGAUUUGGGCAGGAUAGAAGUCUUUGUCUAGAUCUGAAAUCAAGGCUUUGGGAAUCUGGAGCAGAGCUCCUGGCCAGUGUUUGAAGCCUGGCCUCCCACCUGAGGCAUUUACUGACACCCUGUCGCCAGUCUGGAACAUCCUGCUCUGAAUGAACAGAGCCCAGAUGGGGCCCGGGGCUAAGUGACCCACCUGGGGACUCUGAUUAUUCAUCCAGGGACUUCUCAAUUAGCACCUUACCUCCAUGAUCAGUAACCAAGAGGCUGUAAUCAAAUACUGCUACUGUCACUUUGAAGAUUUUCUGAGGUUGCAAGUGACAUGCUUGCUCUCCUGCCUUUUGGAGAGGCGUGUUCUUGGGCAGGGCUGGCUACAGCAAGAGGGAACCAAUUCCUUUCCCCUUUAGGCACCCUCCACCUGGCAGCUCCUAAAACGAAGGAAAAAUAGUAUAUACACACACACAUAUAUAUACACACACAAAUAUCUAUUUAUGCACAUAUCGGGGCCAAUUUUAUUUGCUAGUAUUAGACAAUAAACCAUACAAGGACAUUUAUGGUGUCAGUGUUUUUAUUUAGUAUAAAAGUGACCUUAGAAGAAGGGUGAAGUUUAGACAGAUGGAAUCUCUGUCGGGGGCAAACAGCUGUAGCAUCCCCUUAGCAUCUUUCUAGCCAAUGACCCACCUCCCCGGGAGGAGGAGGGCGUCCUGACUGAAACAGGUGAGAAUUUGCUUCCUCCUUUCAGCAGCAUUCUUUUUAGAUUUAGGUACUAAAGAAUCCCAGUGAGUUCUGCAUUUGUAUCUUGCAAGUUUGUAUAAACUCAAUACAGGAAAUAAAAUGAAUGGUUUGUA